AUGUGCGCCGUCAACGCUCACUCUGUUUCGGUCGAAAGAAUCCCAUAUAAAGUAUAUUUUGAAUUUGUUCCUUAUGAAAAGUGGUCACUACAUAGUUAUAUAACUUUAUUAGUUGAUAACUAUGAAAACGUUGAUAAAAUGGAUGCUCAUUAUGCCUUUUAUAAAAACCUAAGUUCAAUUCUUGACGAUGAAAAAAUGUCUCAAGAAGUUCGCAAUAUUGCCCAGAAUCUCCUGAAAAGCAAAAAAGUAACUUCUGGAACACUUUCGUCACCAACAUCGUCAUCGUCCCAUAAAGGAAAGAAGAGAAAGUUUAAAGAUGGUAAUGGGUGGUCAGCGGUCGUUCAAAAACCUUUAACUGAUCUUUUUUGUUCUAAAUAUUGA